CGCACACCAACUUAAUAAUAAUGUGUCUUCAACGUCCGUCGGUCUCUUGAUAAACGCGGUUUAUAUAGGUAUCUGAGACGACAUAUUUAAGCUUAAGCAAUAGGUAGUAAGACCGUGCAAUAAUACGUGGUAUAGACAGACACAAUAAUAUGAUGGCGACCGCGUCAAGAUAUUAUAUUAUUAUUUUGUAAAAUUCGUAAGCCUGGACAAAAUAUUAUUGUAUUUAACAAUUUUCUACGUCCAUACAUUGCGAUAGGUAUAGGCGCGUUCAGUACCUACCUAUAGGGCAACUGUAUCGAUCGUUGAAAUGGCCUUGCCGGAUCGUCACGAGAAAUCGAAAAUCUUCACGCUGAUAUACAACUUAUCGGGAGGUGCUAUCAAUUCUCAAGUCAUCAUAACGGUGAUUGCGGCACUGGGAGCAAUAGCCACCGGUACCAUACUCGGGUGGUCGUCACCGGCCCAGAGCAUGUUCGACGCCGACGAGUCGCUGUUGCCGUUCGUGGUCACCGGAAAGGACACGCAGACAUUCAGCUCUGUGUUCGGUAUCGGCGCGGCCCUGGGAGCGCUUCCGGCAGGAUACGUGUCCAGGAUAUUCGGCCGGCCGGCCAGCAUGAUGCUGUUCGAAGGGUUCCUGUUGGUUGGCUGGGCCAUGCUGGUGUUGCCCACUUCCGUUUGGAUGCUGUCCGCCGGCCGGAUGAUGCAGGGCAUCGGGGUGGGAGCCCUGUGUGCCGUCAUACCAUCGUACAUCGGCGAGAUAGCCGAGCCUCGGAUGAGAGGUCGUCUGGGAACAAUAUUCCAAUUAUUCAUAGUCAUCGGCAUACUGUAUUCGUACACGUCGGGUGCAUUCAUGAAGUACGUGCCAUUUUGCGUCGCCUGCGCCUUUUGGGUGAUUUUACAUUUUAUCGGUGUCCUGUGCAUACCUGAAUCGCCGUACCAUCUGAUGAACAUCAACGAUCCCGACGGGGCGGCUGUUUCGCUGCAGAUACUUCGAGACUCAUCGGACACGACCGAAGAAUUGGCAUCAAUCAAGUUGUUUGUCGAAAAGCAACAAUUGCAAAGUUAUACGGUGUCGGAAGUGCUGUCAGACAAGGUGAAUCGCAAGGCCCUGAUGAUAAGUAUUGGGUGCAUGUUUUUCCAACAAAUGAGUGGUAUAAACGUGGUGAUAUUCUACAUGACAGAUAUAUUCAAAUCGACCGGCAGCAACAUGAGUCCGAACACGUGCACCAUAAUCGUCGGUGUAGUACAGCUUCUCAUGACGGUCGUGUCUUUUGCGAUAAUUGACAAAAGUGGCCGAAAGGCGUUACUCGUGCUGUCGGGGUUGCUGAUGGCAAACUGUUACAUGGGCUUGGGUGGAUUUUUUUUGAUAAAAACUCAUUAUCUAGAACUGGCUUCGAAACUCAACUGGUUACCCUUAGUGUGCAUCGCUGUGUACAUAUCGGCGUUUUCCAUCGGUUACGGUCCCGUGCCUUGGAUACUGAUGGGCGAAAUAUAUUCGUCGGAGGUGAAACCGAUCGGGACGAGUCUGACCACCUGCACAAACUGGACGCUAGUGUUCGUGGUCACGUACGUGUCUACCGAGCUGACCCGGUGGCUGGGCCAGGCGGGCUGCUUCCUGACAUUCAGCGCAUUUUGCUUGAUGGGCGCUGCGUUCGCUGCGUCCAUCGUGCCGGAAACGAAAAACAAGACGUUGGCAGAAAUACAGCUGAAACUCGUCGGCAAGUCUAAGGCCAUUCCUGUGGCAGUGGAUGUUAUGGAGGCGACGGAGCAGGUUCAAGCGACCACCACGAUUCCAUGAAUGCCGAUUUCUACCCAAGAUCUCGACCGACAUCUCUCGGACGGGAUUUAUCGUUACAUUUUCAGCCAUUAUAACAGCGCCGUGUCCAAGACCCAUUCCCGUCCCCAUGGCCCGUAAUUACAAUAAUAAUGUGUACGUUUUUUCGUGCACAACCCAUUGAAAUUUAAACUUUAUAUAUCAUAUAAUAUGUAUCAAUUGUAGGCCAGCACUCUUCACAUAUACCUACCAUUGUUUUAUUGCACGAUAAAUCAAAACGCUUAACCAGAUACAGAGCUAUUCAACAAACAUUUCAUUAUUUAUUAACGAACUUAUUCAAAUUCCGAUUCUUGGAUUUUUUUAAGUAUUUUUGACUUUAUUUUAAAAUAUUUAAAUUUUGUGUACCAUUUAAGGAGUGUCCUGCGGGGACACCAAUUUUUUAUUCACAAAUAGAGUCACCCAUGUUUUCUGUUAAUUAUUGUAGAUGAUUUUUUUGAAAAUGUUCAUUUAUCCAAAUCAAAUUUUGACCGAAAAGUUUUGGAGUUAUUUAAGUCUGUGUAAUAAGGAUAAGUCCAUGAUAAUAGGUUCGGAAUAUAUGAGACCUAUGGUCCUAUGAUGAUUUACAUAUCGUAGUUAUUAUUAAAUAUCUAUCGAUUAAAUAUUUAAUCAAAAUUUUAUAUUUUAUAAAAAUGUCCGAGUAUACAUAAUAAGUACCAGAUUAAUUAUUAGGUACAUUUAUUUUAUAGUAUUUGUUAAAGAUACAUAAACAUUUUCAGAAAAAAAAUCAUCUGCCUAAUAAUUUACAAUAAAAAUAGUUGGUUUGUAUUUGAAAAUAUAUUGAAGUAUACUUAUACUUAAAAAUUCAAAAAAUAAUAGUUAGAAUAAAUCCAUUAUUAAAAGAAAAUUGUAGGGUAACAUGCUUGGUGAAUCACCCUGUAUAGAAACAUGUAUGAUAUAAAACAUGUUCUCGACUGGAGAUAAGAGUUCUUGAGCACACACAAACCCUACGACAAGAUAUGUUUUGAAAUACUCAAAUUCGAAUUCAUUUAAUAAACCGUAACAAAAAUUGAACCACAUUUUCAAUUUUUAUAUAUUUUGAUUUUUACUACUUAAUUUUAAUCGAGAGAUUUUAGAGUUGUAUACUUAAUCUUAUAUACACAGUUUUUUACGGAGAUACUUAUUGCCGGUGGGUAAGUAAAUUUUCAAUGUUAUUUAAACUGAAUAUAAAUAUAUGCAUAGACAAUAGCUGAUGAGGUAAAAUAAAUGUGUAGAUUAAGACUUGUCCCUAUCCCUAAACGAAUCGCGUGACCGUUUAUAAUGCAGAGCUUGAAAAUAUAAUAUUUAUUAUCACGCCAUAAAUGUGUAUAUUUAUGGUCGAAUAUCAACUUUAAGUUUUAAUAUUAUUCAUAAUAGUUAUUACAUAUUCAUAUUAUAUGUACGUUAAUUCUGUUUAUAUUUUAUGUGUCUUUUAGUUAUAUUAUUUUAUCUAUAGGUACUUUAUAAGUUUAAAAAUGAAUGUCAGUAAAUAUAAUGAACACAUUGUGUGUAUAAUGUACAUCAAUAUUGUUUUAUAAAAAGUAUUGCUAUUUUUAAAGCUUUCCUCUGACUUAGUCAUCCGAACUUGUUGUUAAAGUUAUAUAAUACAAUUUUUUACACUAGGAACAAAAUAUGUCAAUUUAUAUAAUGCAAAUAAAUAAAGAUAGAGAUAAUAAAUCAUUAGAGUUAUAAGAUAACUACAAUUAUAACGUUGAAGAUAUAAUAUAUUUCUAAAAGCGCCAUUCUAUGUCUCUAACUACACCCUUCACUCUGAUCUCAAAAUACCAUUUAUCUCUGAACUAGCCGAAACUCACUAUAAUCGUUUCAAUAGUCGCCUAGCCCACCAUAAGAAUCCCUUAAUCUCCGAUCUAUUAUCUGCUUCUAUCUCAGGUAACCCAAUUAAAAGACUUAAAAGACAGUGGUGUCGCGACCGGCUAGCCCAACUAUUAAGUCCUACUCAUGUCGUAGUACCUCCGCUGAGAGGCCUCUACAGUCUGUCUAAUCUGCAUUUUUAUUUUUAUUUAUUUUAACCUAUAAACCAUCAA